UGUGCAUUUCAAUUUUUCUUAAAAAUGUCUACAACAAACAAGCGUCCACAUUCUCCCAGUUUAAACAACUUGGGUAAUCAAUUUUCACCAUCACAAGCACCUUCGGCCAAGCGCCAACAAUUACUCGACACAAUUUCAAAUUUAAAUUUCAAUGAUUUACUUACUCCCCCUUCUGACCCAUUAAUUCCCGAUUUUGCUAAAACAAUUAUUAGUCAACAGCAACAGAUAAUUAAACAACUAUCUGGUUUGUUGCAAGUCGCUUCGGAAAUUUUGACUGAUCAAACAACAAAUAAUAUUGAUUUUUCUUCUGCUUUUGAGCAGCGACAACGUGAACAUUUAUUAGUACUUACUGGCCUUCCAGAAAGUACUGAGACUCAACCUAUGGCAAGGGCUGAAAGUGAUAGCAAAGUUGUUCGACAAAUUUUAAAUGAACUACAAAUCGAUCGCUGUCUUCCCUCGGCUGUUUUCCGCCUUGGUAAACAACGACAACCAGGCUCUAAGCCUAGACCACUUAAAAUUCUUUUUCCAUGUUCAGCAGCGGUAACCGAGGCCCUUCGAAAUAAGAAAAAACUGAUUUGCAAUUUAAAGCACCUGUGCAUUUCAAUUUUUCUUAAAAAUGUCUACAACAAACAAGCGUCCACAUUCUCCCAGAUUAAACAACUUGGGUAA